AUGGACUCCCAGCACUGCAAAAUGAAUGGUGACUCUUUCCAGGAAUCUAGCUACAUUGAAGACUCCCCCAGUAAAAAUGGUGUGAUUUCUUUGAUUUUCUCCCUGAAAGAAGAAGUAGGGGCAUUGGCUAAAGUCCUGCGCACAUUUGAGGAAAAAGGUAUAAACUUGACCCACAUUGAGUCCCGACCUUCCCGUCUCAACAAAGAUGAGUAUGAAUUCUUCAUUAACUUGGAAGGCAAGAAUGUCCCAGCACUGGACAAGAUCAUCAAGUCCUUGAGAAGUGAUAUUGGAGCAACAGUCCAUGAGCUCUCACGAACAAAGAAGAAGGACACUGUACCGUGGUUCCCAAGAAGUAUCCAGGAGCUGGACAGGUUUGCCAAUCAGAUCCUAAGCUACGGAGCAGAAUUGGAUGCUGAUCAUCCUGGGUUCAAAGAUCCCGUGUACCGGGCCCGCAGGAAGGAGUUUGCGGAUAUUGCCUACAACUACAGACAUGGCCAACCUAUUCCUCGUGUCACCUAUACGGAAGAAGAAAAGAAAACUUGGGGCACUGUCUUCAGAGAGCUGAAGAGUCUGUAUCCAACUCAUGCUUGCUAUGAACACAACCACGUGUUCCCACUGCUGGAGAAGUACUGUGGCUACAGGGAGGACAAUAUUCCCCAGCUUGAAGAUAUUUCAAAUUUCUUGCAGAGCUGCACUGGCUUUCGGCUGCGUCCCGUUGCAGGCUUGCUCUCCUCUCGGGAUUUCCUGGCUGGGCUGGCGUUCCGCGUGUUCCACUCCACGCAGUACAUCCGCCACGCCUCCAAGCCCAUGUACACCCCGGAGCCUGACAUUUGUCAUGAGCUGCUAGGACACGUGCCUCUUUUUGCUGAUCCCAGUUUUGCUCAGUUUUCCCAGGAAAUUGGACUGGCAUCUCUGGGAGCUCCAGAUGAUUUCAUCGAGAAACUUGCUACGGUUUAUUGGUUUACAGUUGAGUUCGGACUUUGUAAGGAAGGAGAUUCCCUCAAGGCAUACGGUGCAGGGCUGCUGUCUUCAUUUGGGGAGCUGCAGUAUUGUUUAUCAAGUAAGCCUGAGAUUCGGCCUCUUGUCCUGGAGAAGACUUCUGUGCAGAAGUACUGUGUUACUGAGUUCCAGCCUAUCUACUAUGUUGCUGAAAGUUUUAAAGAUGCAAAAGAAAAGCUAAGGAAAUUUGCUCAAACAAUCCCUCGUCCUUUCUCUGUUCGGUACAAUCCCUACACACAGAGGGUUGAAGUCUUGGACAAUGCAAAGCAGCUGAAGAACUUAGCUGACACGAUCAACAGUGAGAUUGGGAUCCUUUGCAAUGCCCUCCAGAAGAUCAAAUGAAGACUUGCUGUAACUUGCUAGUGACUAGAAGCUAUCAUGUGCAAGUGCCAGUCUUGAUCUAGCCUCAGUCUAUUAUCUUCCAGUGAACUGCAUCAAUAAUUAUGUUAUAUAUCUUAAUUAUUAGG